CUUGUAUCGAUUGAACCCGACUUUGAAAUAGAAAAGGUUUUAUUUACACAACAUGAAUAGCUGUUUAGAUAACAUAGAAAUUUGUAUAAAUGAAGUACCAAAGAUUCGCAGGUGCUGUAUCUGCGGUGAGCGAACCUCAACACAGUCGACUAUAGAAAAUACUAGCGUUGGAUCACCUCCAAUUUUAUUGAAGGAUGUGAUAUUUAAGUGCAUCGAACCACCUGAAUAUUUUUGGAAAAUGAUUGCUGACGAGACUGCAAAUAACUACAUCUGUGCAUUUUGUGAAGUGUCGCUUAGCGAGUUCUAUGAUGCCUUUUUGCAAGUCUCACUUAAACGAACUGAGUUUCUAAGGAGAUUCCGGGAAAGGAGUGAAAGUCCCGUCGAAUAUUUUGUUGUUUUCAAAUCUUCAAAAAUGGACUCAAACUCGUACCGCAAAUCUAUUGACCAUCAAAGUGCUGAAAACACUGAAAUGUGCCACCCAAUAGAAAACCAUUUAAAUGUUGAUUUGGGUGAUGAAUAUAAAACUCAAAAUCUUUCCAAUGAUGAGUUUGUUGAAGUUUAUCAACCGGAGGAAAGGUUAGAGGAUGAUUGGUCAUCCGAUUGCUCGAACGGCCUUCAGGGUAAGAAAAAAAGCAUACCGCACACCAUCUUCAAAAGAGGCACAACUCAAUAAUCAAAUCUCAAAGGGGUUGGCUUUCCAAAACGGAACCAAUCGAGAUUUCAGCGAAAGUAUAUGGAAUUUAGUCAUGAAACUUGGUCAGGAUGUUGGGGGAGGCUUUCUCUACAUGAAUGUAUCACUCUCACAAAGUAGUUGCUAAUAGUAUUUAAGCAGUUAGUUGUUAAAUAAUCUUCACUACCACCCCCAACUUUUUGUACAAAAUGCAACUUAUCAAUUGUAUUUCGGUUGAUAUACAAUAUCUUCAAUGUUCACAAAUAACAAUGGCCGACAGUAACAGCAAAUGUGUGCUGCUAUACUUCUCGAAGCUAUAAAAUACAACUAUAAACCAUAACAUUUUCGAUUUUGAUCCAAGGGCUUUUUAUUAUAAAAUCGAUACUUCGAUAAAUAAUGAAAAUUUUUAAUAAAA